GCAGAGAUGGGGGGCUGGAACUGAUUCUGUAUACUGAGGGACGAUGACUGUAUAUGUUUUUACAAUUACGCUGUAGGAUACAUUCUGUUGCAUAGCCUUGAAAAUAAUAAUUUUUAAUUGAGUGGAAUAAUAAUAAUAAUAUUGCUAAAAGUAGCAGCUGGCCAGGUGUGGUGGCUCACACUGGUAAUCGCAACACUUUGGGAGGCUGAGGCAGGAGGAUGGCUUGAGGCCAAGAGCUUGCGAUAGGCCUUGGAAACAAAGGGGGAGUCACCAUCCCUACACAAAAAUACAUGAAUUAGCCUAGUGUGGUGGCAUGUUCCUGUAGUCCCAGCUACUUGGGAGGCUGAGGUGGGAGGAUCACUUGAGCCCAGGGAGGCUGAGACUGCAGUGAGUCAUGAUCAGGCCUCUGCACUCCAGCCUGGGUGACAGAGUGAGACCCUGUCUCAAAACAACAAAAAAGUAGCCGCUAACAUCAACUGAACUUUUAUACCAGGUGCCUAUUGAUACCAUUGUUUAAUUUCUUAGAACUGUUUCUUAUUUCACUUACCAACUCUGUCUUCAGUUACUCCCAGAUUUUUACUGUGUGUGUACAGAUGAUCUUUUGUUUGGAUUGAAUUGUCUCCCCAGAAGUAAGAUUACUGUGAGUCAUGGUGAAUGGACAUUCUCAUUACCUUUGAUGUAAAUUGACAGGGUUUUGGGUGCCUCCCAGGUAUAAUCUUAGCACUUUAGGAGGCUAAGAGAGGAGGAUUGCUUGAGGCCAAGAGUUGGAGGAGGCAGUAUGGCAGUAUGGUGAGACCCUGUCUCCAUUAUUUUAAAAAAUUGACAGGCUUUACCCGGGAAGGCUUAUACACAAUUUAAACACCCCUCAUAGUAUAAGAAAGUGCCCAUUUCACUGCACCUUUGCCAGCACAGGGUAUUAUAAUUUAGUAAGUCAUUUUUUGUUUGAUUAUUUUAAAUAGACAAAAGACCUCAUGUUACUCUACUUGUCACAUUUCAACAUCUUUCCUCAGCUUAUUAGCUCUAUUUCUUUUCUGUCUGUAAACGGUUGUUGUUGUUUUGUUCUUUGAGACAGGGUCUUGCUCUGUCACCAGGCUGGAGUGUAGUGGCAUAAUCAUGCCUCACUGCAGCCUUGACCUCCCAGGCUCAAACUUCAGCAUUCCGAGUAGCUGGGACUACAAGUGUGCACCACCACUCCCAGCUAACUUUUUUCUUCUUUUGGAUAGAGACAGGGUCUCACUGUGUUGUCCAGACCGGUCUCUAGCUCCUGGCCUUAAGCAAUCCUCCUGCAUUAGCUUCUCAAAUUGCUGGAAUUUCAGGCAUGAGCCACCAUGCCUGACCUGGGCUAGUCCCAUAUUCUCUAGAGUUCUCUUUACUUUGUGCUAGCCAAUCUCUCAUUAUGCUGUUCACCUGUUAUAAUGAAUAAUUCUCCAUAUUAAAUUUUACCACUUUAAACUUUUGAGUGGUUUAUGCUUCCUGAUUGGACUCUGACUAAUAUGUUAGGAAGGGUCCCAGGAGGUAAACCCACACAGAUGGGAUUUGGGCAUAGGUUUGGUUUCCCAGGGGGCAGUGCUGAGCUCUUUGCCAGUGGGAAAUGGGAUGCUGGUGAUUUCCAGUAGGUGACCUCACAGUGACUCAAGCUACCUCUUACUGUUGAUUGUGAUGAAAUGCCAGCUGAGGCACAUGCCUUGGGAGCUAAGUGGUUUCUGCCCUUGACCACUGUGAAGACUGUUUUGGGAAGGGUCGCUUUGGAUGCACUUGAGCAGGGGUCCCCAACCCCUGAGCCAUGGAGCCGUAGGGAGCCACACAGCAGGAGGUGGGACCAUCCAGUUUCAGGAAAACAAGCUUAACACGCCCACUGAUUCGACAUUAUGCCUCUCCAGGCCCAGAACUUUCUCCAGUCAGCCUCUACAGACCAAGCUCAUGACUCACCAUGGCCUAUUUAGGCCCAUACCCUACAUCACGGCAGUCUCCGCAGAUGAGGCUACUGCCUCACCACAGCCUCCACAGGCACAGCUCCAUCGUUACAAUGGCCUCUUUAGACCCAGCUCCUGCCUCCCAGCCUUCUCUCCAGGCCCUGAACUUUGUCAAGUCAACCUCACCAGGCCCAGCUCAUGCUUCUUUGCAGCCUCUCCAGGCCCAGCUCCUGCAUCUUGGUGGCCCCUCCAGGCCCAGCCUCUGCCUCCCGUCGGCCUCUACAGUCCCAACAUCUUCCUCACAGCAGAUUCUUCACGCCCAGCAUCUGCCUCACUGUGGACCCCCCAAGCCAAGCUCCCAACCUUUCAGCAGCUUCUACACACCCAGCUCCUGCCACCCAGUGGCCUCUUUAGGCCAAGCUCAUGCUUCACAGGGGCCUUUCCAGGCCCAACUUUUGUCUCAUGGCAACCUUCCCUGGCCAGAUUCCUGCCUGUCUCCCAGCAGCCUAGACAGGCCCAGGUCUUGCCUCACACUGGCCUCUCUACAUCCAGCUUAUGCCUCAUGGUGGCCUCUCCAGGCCCAACUCUUGUCCCAGGACGUCAUCUCCAGGCCCAAAACUUACUCAAGUCAGACUCUCUAGUCCCAACUGCUGCCUCCUGGUGGCCUAUGAAGGCCCAAAAUCUCCUCAAGUUGACGUCUCCAGGCCCAGCUCCUGCCUCCUGUUAGCAUCUACAGGCUCAACCUCUGCCUCAUGGGGGCUUCUCCAGGCCCACCUCUUCCUCUUGGCUGGGUCUACAGGCACAACUGCUGCCUCACAACAGCCUUUUUUGGCCCAGUUCCUGUCCAGCUCAUGGCGGCCAAUGUAGGCCCAAAACUUCCUCAAGUCAAACUCUCCCGGCCCACCUUCUGCUUCCCGGUGGCAUGAACAUGCCCAGCUUUGACUUGAGAACAGCCUCUGCAGGCCCUGCUCUUGCCUCCCAGGGGCUUUUUCCAGGCCCAGCUCUUGCCUCAUGGCAGCUGCCCCAGGCCAAAUUUCUGCCUGCCUGCCAGCAGCCUCAACAGGCACAGCUCCUCCCUCACAGUGGCCCAUUUAGGCCCAAGUCAUGACUGUCGGGCCAUUUCCAGGCCUAGUGCCUGCCUCGUGGCUGACUCUUGAAGCCCAAAACUUCCUCAAAUCAGCCUUUUGCCCAACUUCUGUCUACUGUCGGACUCUACAGGCCAGCUUCUGCCUCACAGUGGAGCCUCCAGACCCAGAUGGU